AUGGUACUCGAAUCCAUUUAUGAUCCCGAGUUUCCAAAGACAUCGUACUUCCGCUCGGGUCGAGGCCGCUACUCGGCCCUAAGACGGAUCAAAGAAGAGUGGGGAACCUCUCGCUGGUUUUUUGAAUUCGACAUCAGGAAGUGUUUUCACACCAUCGACCGAAUUCGACUCAUCCCAAUCUUUAAGGAAGAGAUCGACGGUCCCAAGUUCUUUUACUCCAUUCAUAAAGUCUUUUCCGCUGGACGAUUCGUAGGAGGUGAGAAGGGCCCUUACUCCGUCCCACACAGUGUACUACUAUCGGCCCUACCAGGCAACAUCUACCUACACAAGCUCAAUCAGGAGAUAGGAAGGAUCCGACAAAAGUACGAAAUUACGAGAAUAAGAUCGGUUAUAUUAAGGAAAGGUCGUAUUGAUGACCAAGAAAACUCUGGAGAAGAAGCACGCUUAAAUGCUCCCCAAGACAACAGAGCCAUCAUUGUGGGCAGGGUCAAGAGCAUUCAAUGCAAAGUGGCCUUUCAUUCCCUUGUUUCGUCGUGGCACCCCCCCACAAGCACCCCCCAACGAAGGGGGGACCAGAAAACGCCUUUCAUUUUCCCCCCUUCGUCGGCCCUAACCGCCUUCCUUAACAAGCCCUUGAGCCUCCUUUGCGCCGCCUUCUUCAUAGAAGCCGCCGGGGUCGGGUUGACCCCGAAGACCGAAUUCUAUGGUAGAGAAUGCUGCUUUAAUAAUAAUUUGGCCAUGAGAGACCUUAUUAAGUAUUGCAAAAGAAAGGGCCUACUGAUAGAGCUGGGCGGGGAGGUGAGACUAGUUAUCAGGUCAGAGAGAGGCCUGGCCCGUAAACUGGCCCCCUUCAAAAUCAAAACCCAUUAUUUCAUAAGGAUUUGUUAUGUGCGAUAUGCCGAUGACUUACUACUGGGAAUCGUGGUUGCCGUAGAGCUUCUCAUAGAAAUACAAAAACGUAUCGCCCACUUCCUACAAUCCGGCCUGAACCUUUGGGUAGGCUCUGCAGGAUCAACAACAAUAGCUGCACGGAGUACGGUUGAAUUCCCCGGUAUGGUCAUUCGGGAAGUCCCUCCGAGGACGACUCCCAUACAAUUAUUGCGAGAGCUGGAGAAGCGUCUACGGCUAAAGCACUGUAUCCAUAUAACUGUUUUCCACCUACGCUCCACCAUCCAUUCCAAGUUUAGGAACCUAGGGAAUAGUAUCCCGAUAAAACAAUUGACGAAGGGGAUGAGCGAAAGAGGGAGUCUACUGGACGGGGUUCCACUAGCGGAGACUCUUGGAACAGCUGGAGUCAGAAGUUUCCAAGAGCAACGCGCCAUCAGACGUUCAAGAGGCAGUCGCACGAUCGGGCAUGAGUGUCCGGAAGUUGUCAUUGUAUACUCCGGCGGGUCGGAAGGUGGCGGGGGAAGGAGGAGGACACAAGGCGGGAUCUAUCAGCAGUGA